AUGUGGCAGGGCAUCCUGGCCAUCAGUGAUUACAAACCCAACCCCUCCACCCCCACAGCACCUAAUGUCUUCUUCCUGAACGAGCUUAAUGACUUUUACACUCGCUUUGAGAGGGAUAAUAAUGAAACGGUCACCAAGAUCACCCCCUCAAGCGACCCACCCAUCACACUCACCUCCUCAGAGGUGUACGCUGCACUGAGCCGGAUUAACGCGCGCAAGGCUGCUGGACCAGACGCAUUCAACACGGUCAUACCCUCUAAAUUAAUUACCAAACUUAGAGACCUUGACAUUAACAUCUCGCUGUGUAACUGGGUUAUGGACUUCCUGACCAACAGACCUCAGCAUAUUAGGCCUGUGUUUGGAUCUAUCUCCAUCGUCAAGAUUGCAGACGAUACUACUGUGAUCGGUCUCAUCAGCAACAACAAUGAGACUGCCUACAGGGAGGAGGUCCAGGAUCUGGUGCUCAAGCUAACAUGCUGUAAAGCCCCUGAGUUCUCAGCCUACCAAAAAAAAAAACCUCCAAAAAGCUAUGCACGCAACCACCACUUCCACAAGAUGUUGUUCAACAGAGCUGUGAAGAUGGCGUGUGUUGUGAGAUAUGGUUUUCUGCUGAUCGGUAUCUGUUUAAGAAGCACUUCAUUCGCAAGCUCAUUGCUGCAAGUCACAUCUUUAAUGGAAGCUGUUGGGAACAACAUCAUCAUCCGGUGCUCUGCUGAUAAAACCUCCCAAGAUGGAGUGUACAUGUACAAACAAGUAGGAGCAAGUAAAAACAAGCAGGAAGUCUUCUACUAUUACAAAGAUGGAACUUUUCAACCUAAAUCUAUAUGGUGUAAAGAAAAAGUCCAAUUAUAUGGAACAUAUCACGACUUUAAUGUCACCGUCUCAAAUGUAAACACCACAGACUCUGGGUUUUACUGGUGUGAGUUUAAUCUGGAAGACAAAAACAGAAUUUUCUCAGUCACAUGGUUACAGAUAGAAGAAUUGGUAGAUACAAAAACAAAUAAAGCAGAAGAAGUAGACGAAAAAGUGUGCCCUGAAGAUGUUCGCCAUGAAUGGAUCCUCGUGUGUGUGAUCACUGUGUGUGUUGUCAUGCUGUUCAUCUCUAUCAUCUUUGUGAUUCUGAAGGUGAAGGGGUGUCUGAUGAGGAAGAAAUACAAAACAUCAACUCCUCCCUCAGACUCAGUUUACGAAGAGAUGAAACAGAGAAAUUUGGUCGACCAGCCCAGUGCACUGACUUUCAUCAACCCUGAAUAUCAAUCUUGUUUCUCCAAUUAAUACGUUUCCAGCCGAAAUGAACACUACAGGCAGCGUUUUCAUACACAGUCACGAUUACAUCUCCAUGUGUUGGGCUCUCCAGUUUAGUCCCCGGUCAGAUUGCUUCCCACACAUUUGGGUACAAAUUACAAAUGAAAGAGCUGAAAGAUAAGAAAAAGAAGCUGAAAUGGUGUGCUCGCAGUUGCAUUGUUGCGUGACAUUCUCCUUUGUUCACACUCUUGGUGUGUUUAAGAGUUAUAGCUCUACUCACUUGGCAUUUAAAGUCAGAAUUGUGGUGACGGGUACAACACCAUAAAAAUAGGCCAACAGUAAACUGACUGACAGAAUCAUAUCCCACUCCUCUGUUCAUAAAAGCAAAGCUAAUUAGUUUUAUUGCAAAUUUUAAACUAUACACUGUAAAAACAUUGGGUUAAUGUUUGCACAGUAUUUGAUGUUUGUUUCUAAACUUACUUGGUACUCUUUACCACUUAACCUUUCUUUGCAGUUGUGGUCAUGUCUUUCCUCUCAGUAACAUUACAAUGCAUCAAAACAAACCACGCAUGAACAUGUUUCAUGCUCUGACUAACAAUUAUGAAGUUUAACAAGUAUGUUGUGUGUGCAGAUGCAUAAAAUGUGUGCUGUUUUAUUAUCCAGGUUGUUUGCAUUUUUAAUGUAAUGGUUAUAUGUAUUUGAUUUAGUAUAUCUUGUCUCUGUAUCGUUUAAAAUAAAAUGAAAAGGUACAAUUCAACAAAACAUUUAAUUAACUC